UCAACCACAAGUCCUGACAAUCCUCACCUCUCCUCCUCCUCCUUCCUCCACCACCUCUCUUGAUCUUGACAUUGCAAUGUCAAAUCUACCUCCUGGCUGGAACGGUCCGGGAAGGGCCUCGGUGCCUCCUCCUCCGCCUCCCGGAGGAGCUUCUUCUCUCCCUCCUCCUCCUCCACCUCCCCCGACCGCGAUGGCUCCUCCGCCACCACCACCUCCCCCAGGAUCACUGCCUCCGCCGCCGCCUUCAACCCCCUCCGCAACCCGCGGCCCGCGUGAUCCUGAGCUUCCCAAGCUACUUGAGCGCAAGCGCAGAUGGCAUCAACUUCAGAAGCAGAAAUUCGCCGAAAAGCGCUCGACUACGUCCUACGUCCAGGUACAAAAGUCAGACAUGCCGCCUGAGCAUCUGCGCAAGAUCAUGCGCGACCACGGCGACAUGUCUUCGAAAAAAUUCGCGGCCGACAAGCGCUCGUAUCUCGGCGCGCUCAAGUACAUGCCCCAUGCUGUUAUCAAGCUGCUUGAGAAUAUGCCGCAGCCGUGGGAAGAAGCGCGCGACGUGCGCGUGCUGUACCAUAUCACCGGCGCGAUCACGUUUGUCAACGAAAUCCCUCGUGUUAUCGAGCCCGUGUACGCCGCGCAGUGGGCGACGAUGUGGCUGAUGAUGCGACGCGAGAAGCGCGACCGCAAGCAUUUCAAGCGCAUGCGCUUCCCUCCGUUCGACGACGAAGAGCCCCCGAUCUCGUGGUCCGAGAACAUCGACGGCGUCGAACCUCCGGAAGCUAUCCAGCUCGAACUCAGCGAGGAGGAAGAUUCUGCAGUUAUGGAGUGGCUGUACGACGAUCACCCGCUCAUUGACGAGACCGAGUUCGUGCCUGGGCCGUCUUAUCGCAAAUGGACGCUUGAUCUGCCGCAGAUGUCCACUCUCUACCGUCUGGCUCGGUCGCUGCUCUCGGAGAAUGAGGAUAAGAAUUACUUUUACAUGUUUGACAAGAAAUCAUUCUUCACUGCCAAGGCUCUGAAUGUUGCGAUCCCCGGUGGUCCCAAGUUCGAGAAACUGUACAAGGACGUUGAUCCCAACGACGAAGAUUUCGGCGAGUUCAAUGCCAUCGACCGCAUCAUCUUCCGCGCCCCUGUUCGUACAGAGUACAGAAUUGCUUAUCCUCAUCUGUACAACUCCCUACCUCGAUCAGUUGAAAUCGACUGGUACAGCGAUCCUCAGAGAGUGGUUGUUCCCGAAGACCCUGCUUACCCUGCUUACUAUUUCAACGCAACUCUCUCGCCAAUCUCUGUUCGGAAAAUUGCCCCGGAAUUGAGUCAUACACACGAGGACGAGAUUUUCGGUGACGGAGAUGAGGAUGACGAGUUUGAGCUUCCGCCCUACGUUGAUCCACUUUUCAGCGACGAGGAGCUGUACACCGACAACACUACCGGUGCUAUUACGCUCUGGUGGGCACCCUAUCCUUUCAAUCGACGAUCGGGGAGAAUGGUUCGUGCUCAGGACGUUGCUUUGAUCAAGAACUGGUAUCUCGAGCAUCCUCCUGCUGGGUACCCUGUCAAAGUUCGAGUUUCUUACCAGAAGCUUCUCAAGACUUAUGUCCUCAACUCCCUUCGCACGCGCAAACCAAGCAAUCAACGGAAGCAGUACCUGUUCAGAAAUCUCAAGAAUACCAAGUUUUUCCAGCAGACUACGAUCGAUUGGGUGGAAGCUGGUCUGCAGUUGUGUCGUCAGGGUUUCAACAUGCUCAAUUUGCUGAUCCAUCGCAAGGGCCUGACAUAUCUGCAUCUUGAUUUCAACUUCAACUUGAAGCCGACAAAGACUUUGACUACCAAAGAGCGCAAGCGGUCUCGUUUCGGAAACGCUUUCCAUCUGAUGCGGGAGAUUCUUCGAGUCACUAAAUUGCUGGUUGAUGCUCAGGUCCAGUACCGACUGGGUAACGUUGAUGCGUUCCAGCUUGCCGAUGGUAUUCACUACACGCUUAACCAUCUUGGCCAGCUUACUGGUAUCUAUCGGUACAAGUACAAGGUCAUGCAUCAAAUUCGGGCGUGCAAGGAUCUGAAGCACGUCAUCUACUAUCGCUUCAAUGUCGUUAUCGGUAAGGGUCCUGGAUGUGGCUUCUGGCAACCGUCGUGGAGAGUGUGGUUGUUUUUCUUGCGGGGCAUUAUCCCGCUUCUGGAGCGCUGGCUUGGAAAUUUGCUGGCAAGACAAUUUGAAGGACGUCAUUCGAAGGGCGUGGCCAAGACGGUUACCAAACAGCGUGUGGAGUCAUACUACGAUCUCGAGCUUCGUGCUUCGGUUAUGCACGAUAUCCUCGAUAUGAUCCCGGAAGGUCUGAAGCAGAACAAAGCCAAAACCAUUCUGCAGCAUCUGAGUGAGGCAUGGCGCUGCUGGAAGGCGAACAUUCCGUGGAAGGUGCCUGGUCUGCCCGCACCGGUUGAAAACAUUAUCUUGCGUUACGUCAAAGCCAAGGCUGAUGGAUGGAUCUCUGUCGCUCAUUACAAUCGCGAGAGAAUUCGCCGGGGCGCGACCGUUGACAAAACUGUCGCAAAGAAGAACUUGGGUCGUUUGACGCGUCUGUGGCUUAAGGCUGAACAGGAGCGUCAGCACAAUUUCUUGAAAGAUGGGCCGUAUGUGACGCCAGAGGAGGGUGUUGCCAUGUAUACUACGAUGGUGCAUUGGCUCGAAAGUCGGAAGUUCACGCCUAUCUUGUUCCCUCCCUUGAGCUACAAGCAUGACACAAAGCUGCUCGUUCUUGCUCUCGAGAGAUUGAAGGAAGCCUACUCGAUCAAGGGUAGACUGAAUCAGUCGCAGCGUGAAGAGUUGACUCUUAUUGAGCAAGCAUACGACAAUCCUCACGAGUGUCUCAGUCGAAUCAAGACGUUCUUGCUGACCCAGCGAGCAUUCAAAGAGGUCGGUAUCGACAUGAUGGAUCAUUACAGCCACAUCACUCCGGUCAUCGACGUCGACCCGCUCGAGAAGAUCACGGAUGCCUACCUCGAUCAAUAUCUUUGGUACGAGGCUGACAAGCGGCGACUGUUCCCUAACUGGGUCAAGCCCAGUGACUCUGAAGUUCCACCUCUUCUCGUUUACAAAUGGUGUCAGGGAAUCAAUAACUUGACGGAUGUUUGGGACGUCAGCGAGGGUCAGUGUAACGUCAUGCUCGAGACCACGCUGAGCAAACUGGCAGAUAAGACUGAUCUGACUCUGCUCAAUCGACUGCUUCGCUUGAUUGUUGAUGCUAAUAUCGCGGAUUAUAUCACUGCCAAGAAUAACGUCAACUUGACGUACAAGGAUAUGAACCACAUCAACAACUACGGCAUGCUUCGUGGUUUGCAAUUCUCUUCCUUUGUGUUCCAGUACUAUGGAUUGGUUGUUGAUCUUCUUCUCCUUGGUCUGCAGCGUGCCUCUGAUCUUGCUGGUCCUCCCCAGAUGCCGAACGAGUUCUUGCAGUUCAAGGACGAAGAGACCGAAAGUCGGCAUCCGAUUCGAUUGUAUUCGAGAUACAUUGACCGGGUCCACAUUUUCUUCCGCUUCACGGCUGACGAAGCUCGAGAGUUGAUUCAGCGCUUCUUGACAGAGCAGCCUGAUCCCAAUUUCGAGAACGUGGUCGGCUACACGAACAAGAAAUGUUGGCCGCGCGACAGCCGAAUGCGACUCAUGCGCCAUGACGUGAAUCUUGGCCGUGCCGUCUUCUGGGAGCUCAAGAACCGACUCCCUCGCUCGAUCACGACUAUCGAAUGGGAGGAUACUUUUGCAUCUGUGUACAGCAAAGACAAUCCGAACUUGCUGUUUUCUAUGUGUGGAUUUGAAGUGCGGAUAUUGCCAAAGUCCAGAAAUGAAGCGACAGAGUUGGCGGUGAAGGAUAGUGUUUGGAGUUUGGUGAAUGAGUCGACGAAGGAACGGACAGCGUACGCGUUUUUGAGAGUGGCGGCCGAUGAUAUCGCCAAGUUCAACAAUCGGAUUCGCCAGAUUCUGAUGUCGUCGGGAUCGACUACGUUUACAAAGAUUGCAAACAAGUGGAAUACUGCCUUGAUUGCUUUGUUUACAUACUACCGUGAGGCGGCGAUUUCGACUGAAGAACUGCUAGACACGUUGGUUAAGUGCGAGACCAAGAUUCAGACGCGUGUGAAGAUUGGUCUUAAUUCGAAGAUGCCGUCGCGUUUCCCUCCUGCUGUUUUCUACACACCAAAGGAGCUCGGAGGUCUGGGUAUGCUCAGCGCGAGUCAUAUUUUGAUCCCUGCCUCUGAUCUGCGAUGGUCGAAGCAGACUGAUACCGGUAUCACACAUUUCAGAUCUGGUAUGAGUCACGACGAAGACCAGUUGAUUCCCAACAUCUUCAGAUACCUUACAACUUGGGAGUCUGAGUUUGUCGAUUCGCAGCGCGUGUGGGCCGAGUAUGCCAUGAAGCGACAGGAAGCCAAUCAGCAGAAUCGACGAUUGACGCUCGAAGAUCUUGAGGAUAGUUGGGACCGCGGUCUUCCACGCAUCAACACGCUCUUCCAAAAGGAUCGCCACACGUUGGCGUACGACAAGGGCCACAGAGUGCGGACUGAGUUUAAGCAGUACUCGAUCGCGCGGUCGAAUCCUUUCUGGUGGACUAGCCAGCGUCACGACGGAAAGCUUUGGAAUCUGAAUGCUUACCGUACUGACGUUAUCCAGGCGUUGGGCGGAAUCGAGACGAUUUUGGAGCACACUUUGUUCAAGGCUACUGGAUUCCCCAGUUGGGAAGGUCUCUUCUGGGAGAAAGCCUCAGGUUUCGAGGAUUCGAUGAAGUUCAAGAAAUUGACCAACGCUCAGCGAUCCGGUCUCAACCAGAUUCCUAACCGACGCUUUACGUUGUGGUGGUCGCCGACAAUCAAUCGUGCAAACGUUUAUGUUGGAUUCUUGGUCCAGCUUGAUUUGACGGGCAUCUUCUUGCACGGCAAGAUUCCUACGCUCAAGAUCUCUUUGAUUCAGAUUUUCCGAGCACAUUUAUGGCAGAAGAUUCACGAGAGUGUUGUCUUUGAUCUCUGCGAGGUUCUUGAUCAGGAGCUGUCGGUGCUGCAGAUUGAGAGCGUUCAGAAGGAGACGAUUCAUCCUCGAAAGUCAUACAAGAUGAACUCGUCUUGCGCCGAUAUCUUACUCUUCAGCUCUUACCGCUGGAGUAUUUGCAAGCCGUCGUUGCUACACGACAGCAAGGAUGUUAUGGAUUCUACUACUGCGAACAAGUUCUGGAUCGACGUGCAGCUUCGAUACGGAGACUAUGAUUCCCAUGAUAUCUCGCGAUACACAAGAGCAAAGUUCCUCGACUACACGACCGACAGUACUAGUAUCUACCCGUCGCCGACUGGUGUGAUGGUUGGCAUCGACUUGGCGUACAACAUCUACGACGCUUACGGAAACUGGUUCCCGGGCUUGAAGCCGUUGAUGCAGCAGGCGAUGUCGACAAUCAUGAAAGCCAACCCUUCGCUGUACGUUUUGCGAGAGCGUAUUCGAAAGGGUCUGCAGCUCUAUUCUUCUGAGCCUCAGGAAGCGUAUCUGAAUUCACAGAAUUACAGUGAGCUCUUUAGCAAUCAAACCCAGUUCUUUGUUGAUGAUAGUAAUGUGUACCGAGUGACGAUCCACAAGACAUUCGAAGGCAAUCUCGCGACGAAGCCGAUCAACGGCGCGAUCUUCAUCUUCAACCCGCGCACAGGACAGCUGUUCUUGAAGAUUAUUCAUACUUCGGUGUGGGCGGGUCAGAAGCGACUUGGCCAGCUUGCGAAAUGGAAGACAGCCGAGGAAGUGGCGGCAUUGAUUCGAUCUUUGCCAGUUGAGGAGCAGCCUAAGCAGCUGAUUGUCACCCGAAAGGGAAUUCUGGAUCCACUUGAGGUGCACUUGCUUGACUUCCCCAACAUCUCGAUCCGUCCUUCCGAGUUGCAGCUUCCGUUCCAGGCCGCGAUGAAGAUUGAGAAGCUGGCUGAGCUGAUUUUGAAAGCGACUGAGCCGCAGAUGGUGCUGUUCAACUUGUAUGAUGACUGGUUGAAGACGAUUUCUUCGUAUACGGCGUUCUCGAGAUUGAUUUUGAUCUUGCGAGCUCUGCACGUCAAUAUCGACAAGGCGAAGAUCAUUCUGCGACCUGAUAAGAGCGUUGUGACGCUCGACCAUCAUAUCUGGCCUUCGUUCACGGAUGAAGAGUGGAUCAAGGUUGAGACGCAGCUGAAGGACUUGAUCCUGAACGAUUACGGAAAGAAGAACAACGUGAACGUGACUGCGUUGACGCAGCACGAAGUCCGAGAUUUGAUUCUUGGCCAGGAGAUCAAGGCGCCGUCGCAGCGUCGGCAGGAGAUUGCGGACAUUGACCAGCAGCAGCAGGAAGAGCAGUCGCAGUUGACUGCGGUGAAGACGAAGACGCAGAACGUGCACGGCGACGAGAUCUAUGUUGUGACGACGAGCAACUACGAGCAGCAGACGUUUUCGAGCAAGACAGAAUGGCGAACGCGGGCGAUUUCGUCGUCGAACCUGCAUAUGCGGACGAAGAACAUUUAUGUUUCGUCUGAGGAUAUCCGGGAUGAUGACGAGCAGUGCACGUAUGUGAUGCCGAAGAACAUUCUGAAGAAGUUUAUUCAGAUUGCGGAUCUGCGGGCACAGAUUGCAGGAUUCUUGUAUGGAGCGUCGCCGGCUGACAACGAACAAGUGAAGGAGAUCAAGUGUAUAGUGAUGGUGCCGCAGCUUGGAAAUAACCAGGCGGUGCAGCUGCCACAUACACUUCCUGAGCAUGAGUUUUUGUUGAAGGGUCUGGAGCCGCUAGGAUGGAUUCACACGCAGGCGCAGGAGAUGAGUGCGAUCUCGCCGAUUGAUGUGACGCAGCACGCGCAGCUUAUCAAAGAGCACGAGGGCGAGUGGGACGCUUCACAGUCCGUGACGAUGACGGUGAGCUUUACGCCGGGGUCAGUGUCGCUGGCGGCGUAUACGUUGAAGCCCGAGGGAGUUGAGUGGGGCGCGAAGAACAAGGACUUGGUGUCGACGACGCCGCAGGGGUAUCUGCCUAGUUUUGGAAACAAGUGCCAGCUGUUGCUGUCGGAUAAGAUUAUGGGAUUUUUCCUUGUUCCUGAAACUGGAUUCUGGAAUAAUGCGUUUGUGGGCGCGGGAUGGAAUCCGAAUGCGCGAUAUGAUUUGAAGCUUGACACGCCGCUGCCGUUCUAUCAUGAGAUCCACCGACCGAUUCACUUUACUGCGUUUAAUGAAAUGGAGAAUGAUGAUUUGGAGGUGGAGAGAUCAGAUGUAUUUGCUUAAGUUGUUUGUAAGAAUUGUUGUUUGAUGUAAAAGUAGUA